AUGAUGAUGAACACCCAAGCAUUUCUCAGCCUCACCUUGGCCCUCCUCUUCGCAGGUGCUCAUGCAGCUACGAUUACCUUCACAAACAAAUGCUCCUACACCGUAUGGCCAGGAACCCUAACCGCCGACCAACAACCUCAACUGUCCACCACAGGCUUUGACUUUGAGUUAGCAUCCCAAGCUAGCAGCUCAGUGACCACUCCAGUUCCAUGGAAAGGCCGCUUCUGGGGCCGAACUGGAUGCUCCACCGACGCCUCCGGAAGGUUUAGCUGCGCCACAGCAGAGUGCAGCUCCGGCCAAGUCACAUGCAAUGGAAACGGCGCCAUUCCACCCGCAACCCUAGUUGAAAUCAACAUUGCAGCCAACGGGGGCCAAGACUUCUACGACGUGAGCCUCGUCGACGGCUUUAACCUUCCCGUUUCCGUCUCUCCGCAAGGCGGCACCGGCGACUGCCAGACCUCUACCUGCCCCGCCAACGUCAACGAUGCCUGCCCGGCUGAGCUGCAAGUGACCGGGGCCAGCGGCGUUAUCGCCUGCAAGAGUGCGUGUACGGCUUUCAACCAGCCUCAGUACUGUUGCACUGGACCUAAUGACCAACCGUCGACAUGCCCUCCCACAAACUACUCUCAGAUAUUCGAGAACCAGUGCCCUCAGGCUUAUAGCUACGCUUACGAUGACAUCAACAGUACCUUCACAUGCAGCGGUGGACCUAACUACCUUAUUACAUUCUGCCCAUGA